AUGUUCCGGGGCCACCGCGCCUGGUUCUCACAAAGCGUCAGCCCACGCCCGCGGGAGCUGUGGGCGGCUGGUGGUGGGGCGUUCACCCACUGGCGGGAUGCCGACUACCUCUUCAGCAGCGAUGCCACCCACCCAGACACCUGCAGAAUAUAUGAGAGCCUUGAUUACUUGGAGGACAGAGCUACGGUCUUUCACUCUCGUUACCUCUCUGCGUGGGGGAACACCAGCGUGGGACCAAACCCAUUGGUGGUUCUGGGCCACUUUGUCCUGCCACCCGCCUGCCUGCAAGAAGUUUUUUUGUUUUUGGCAGAAAUCAGAAGGAAAAUUGGUAGUUUUAUUUGGGAGCAGGUGGGUGAUUCACUUGCAGAACAGCCCAAUGAAGAUCUGACGGACGAACCAGAGGCAGCGAGGAACAGCUGUGAGGAAGUAGAGGAGGAUAUGCUAGACCUGGCCGAAAGUGGAGAAGGAACAGGCUUCGCAGCAGCAGUCCAGGGGGAAUUUCCAUACCGUGCCCUCCAGGAAUACCCGAUGAAUAACAUGGUGACAGGCUAUGCCUCUGCUCAUGACAUGAAGAAAUACGUUGGAGAGCUCCACGAUUUCAUUCCUGGCACCUCCGGCUACACGGUGUAUUGGAUUCAGAACGAAAUCAACAUUUAUUCCGAUGUGAAGACUAGAAUGAAGAGAAAAUUGUAAGUGACAGGUGGCUGUUCACAUCAAAAACUUACUUAAGAGCUGCCAGAGAGCUAUUGGUUGUGUCUGGAAAUUCAAUCCCAUAGUUGAGGUGCUGGGAUGCCUCCUUGCUCGCUCCCUUCUGCAGGUUGAUGGUCAUUUUGCCUGUCACUCUGCAUUCUCCCCAUGUUUUAGCUAGACAAUGAAGAGAUAGGUGGUAUGAAGCUGCAAAUUCUGAGUUAAAUCUCCAUGAUACACAGGGGAUUUAUAAAUUAUCCCUGCUUGGCUUAUCCUGAGUGCAGCUCAGUGCAUCUGAUGUAUAUUUAAAUACCUGACUACAUUUUCUGUAAACAUUUUCUUCUUUAAAUAACACUUUAAAACAAAUUUCACAGCAAACUUAUAGACAUUUGUCCCCAGAACACCCUUUGCCUUUUUAUUUGUACUGGCAGUUUUAAGAUGUGAAUGCAAACACUAGUUUUCCUCGGAGGGACACACUGAGGGCUCCCCGCAGGGAGAAGUCACCCCAUGGCACAGCCACAGCCACCCGUGGCACACGCUCACCAGUGGGAGCCAUUGUGGGGCUGGCAGAAGAGGCAGGGCGCACAUGGAGCUCCGGGGUCUGCCGAAGUUUUGAGCGCAGGGCCCCAGAGCCCCCCUAAGCAAAACCCACCAGGCAGGGAGGGGAAGCCCAGGGACCUUGCCCUGCUGGGCAUCCCAGAGUGCUGCCUGCCCCUGCCAAGGCCUGGUGCCAGGUGACGCCAACGGCCACGGCAGGGACCUGCCUCUGCCUCCAAGCAGAGCCCCUGCACAGGGCAGGAGCUUUGGGGGGUGAACCCCAAAGCUCUUCACACCAGUUGCACCCUGGGGAAAUUGCUGGAUGGAGCACCUUGUGGGGAAGGGACAGCACAAGCCUCACCAGUGCCCAUCUCCACUGGGCUUCACCCUCAAGCACAGCACCCUGCCCAGCCCAGUGCGCUCCCCUCACACAACAAAACCAGCAACAAAACUUUUCCACUUAAGCAUGUCAAAGCGACCAACGUGGUUACAAAAAGCAACUUUUAUUCUGGCACAGCAGGUGCCCUGAGCGGUGUGCUCUGAGGAGGUACAGGCAAACCCAGGAGGUGCUAAGGGUAGGGAGCUCCAGCAAGCCCCAAGGAGCCACCAUGGUCAUCCUCUCCCUCUGCCCAGAGCAGGA